CACGCGAUUUGUUUAUGCGCGUGAAUAAAAAAAAGCAAAACCAAAAUGACAACAACAAAAACAAUUCUUCAGCUGAACAGCUGUUGCCUGCACGAAGUACUAAAACAAAUUAAGAGAAAUUGUGAAAUUGAUGACGCACCACGCGCAAGUAAAUAUGCGGAUCUUAUAAAUUUUGCAUUAGCCUGUGAUUGGUUUGGCGAUAUACUUCAUGAAUGGAACACCGAACUAUAUAAUCAGUUGGAAAACACUUAUUACAAUGAAUUUAGUGACGUCAUUGUUGACUUUGCAAGAAUUUAUAAGCAUAAGCCCAGCGCGAAAGACCUUGAGGCAUUUUGGAAUAUGUGUGUACCGGCACUGCAAACAAAUAAUAAUUUGAAAGAACUGGAAUUAAUAGACGAAAGGGAAAGCUGUGAUGAGACGCUAGCUGAAUAUUUUCAUAAAAUCAUGUGCGCAGUUGAAAACAAAGAAACUGUAAAAACAUUCAAAGUUUCUAUGCGUGCCUAUAGAAUUGUUAGCGUGCCUCAGUUUCGGCAGCUAAGGGAACUGCAUUUGAAUGUAAGACUAGACGCCUUACAAUUGCUAAAGUUUUGUGAAUUGAACCAAAACUUGACCGCUUUGCACAUUAUGAACAAUGAAAUUGUUGGUAACUUUGACAAACUUGUUGACGUUUGCUCCAACGUAAAGACUUUUGCCUUUCAAACUAAGCGUAACAUUGAUGACGCUGAGUACACACCCCUGGCAAAGCUGCCGAAACUUGAUAGUCUUUGUAUUCAGCCGGCACAUCAAACCGGUUCCCUUGAGAGCUUUUUCAAUGCUCUAGUGAAAAAACAAUCCAACAGUCUACAACGCAUCCAAAUUAGAGGAGCUGCUAUCAGUGCCAAGGAAUUUGAUAAUUUGUUGUCAAUCCCAACUCUUAAGGAAUUAGAAUGCGAUCUGCCAUUAAAUUACGAAUCAGUAUCGCAGCUAAGGAAAAUAUAA